AUGAAGAUUGGUGAAUCCAUUGAAGAGUAUUUUUCAAGAACACUGUCCAUUGCCAAUAAGAUGAGUAGUCAUGGUGAGACUGUGACACAGAGUAUGCUUGUUGAAAAGAUCUUGAGAUCUUUAACAUCUAGAUUCAACUAUGUUGCUUGUUCAAUAGAAGAAUCAAAUGACACAACAACCAUGACAGUUGAUGAACUGCAUAGUAGUUUGCUUGUUCAAGAACAGAGGAUGAAAAGUCAGAAAGAGGAGCAAGAACAAAUCCUCAAGGUCUCUCAUGGUGGGAGAGGUUACAGUGGUAGAGGAGACAAUUCCUAUGGCAGAGGUCGUGGUAGAGGCAGGGGAUGA